AUGGAGCGUUACAUUAUGACCCUUGGACUCCUCACUGGCUUUGUCAUGGCACUCUGCACAACCAAGACAAGAGACUGUUCGCCUCUCCUCCAGCUUCCAUCCGUCCAAACUGGAAUUUUUGCACGAAUACUCCGUCAUCGGUUCCACCUUGGGAUUGAUGAGCAAGCAUCCCCCAGUAGAGCCUGCACGCUACUUACAUGCCUACUACUUCUCUGUGGGGAUAUCGAGAGUAAUCCAGGUCCAGCAAAUACACCAGUCUACCCUUGCGGUCUUUGUGAAAUGCCGGUUACAUGGGAACACCACGAUGGCCUAUGCUGUGAUGGUUGUGACAUAUGGCAUCAUAGAUCAUGCAUUGAGCUGUGCUCAGCUGACUAUGACCUACUCGCCAAACAUAAAAGCGUCCAGUGGCUCUGCUGCAAGUGCGACAGCGUCAACAUGACAUCAUUUACUUUUAGAAGUUUCGAGCUCAGUACUACAAAUAGUUUCCAUUGUCUUGCUGCACAUGAUUUGAAUUCCGCUGUUGAUUCACUUGCUUCUAAUCCUGUGUUCGACCCCAGCCACGUAAGCAGUCCCACCGACAGGCUAAGUACAUCUCGCAGGCGUCAGUCAUCCUCCCACAGCCAAUCCAGUACGAAUACUUCAUCGCUCUUCUGUGUUUCAGAGAAGCGGAAUCUUCGCAUCAUGAACGUCAACUGCCGCAGCCUAGGUGGUGGAAGGCAUGCACAUCUCGAAGCCGCCCUGAACUACAUCAAACCUGAUAUAGUAUGCGGAACAGAGUCAUGGCUCAAGGGAGUCAAACCAGGUAAACCUCCUUCCCCUGACGCAACCAAAUCCAGCGAAGUUUUUCCAACCCACUACCGUGCUUACCGUAAUGACAGAGGUUCCCUUGGCGGAGGCGUGUUUGUAUUGAUACACGAAGACCUUGUAGCUGAGGAGAAACCAGAGCUAGUGACUGAAUGCGAGCUUGAAUGGGUCAAAGUGAAACUUAAAGGUCGGAAGGACCUUCUCGUAGCCUCAUUCUACAUGCCACACAGGAGAAUGGAGGAUGUGAAUGAACUGAGGAAGUCGCUUGAGCUGCUAGACAAACAGAAGGAUAAAGUUACCUUCCUGGCCGGAGACUUCAACUGCCCUGACAUCAACUGGCAGAACCUCACAGUGGAGGACGGUGCCUCCGACAAGGCAGUUCAACAGGCGGUACUAGACCUCUCCGUCGACUUCAACCUCACUCAGACCCAUGAUGAGCCCACCCGAGAAAACAGAAUGUUGGACCUGACCUUUACUAACAACCCGUCUCUGAUAAAAUCAAGUACCACUGCUCCAGGGAUAAGCGACCAUGAUAUUGUCGUCGUGGAUUCGAAUACAAGACCCUACUACAGCAAACAGAAGCCAAGGCGAUGCUUUAUCUUCUCUAAAGCUAACUGGGAUGACCUGAAGACGAACGUUGCCGCCAUCUCAAGUAAAGUUGUACAACUUUAUAAAGACGAAACAUCAGUUCAUCAACUAUGGAACACAUUUAAAGAAGACCUCCAAUCAGCAAUUUCCAAACAUAUCCCGUCAAAGAUGAAAACACGGAAGAACUCAACACCCUGGAUAACCAGAUCCGUCAAACGCCAUCUACGACGCAAAGCCAAACUUUACAAGAAGGCCAAGAAAACCAACAACUGGACCAAAUAUAGACAGUGCCAAAAGGACUGCAAGCGCCACCUACGGCAAGCCGAAUGGACCCACAUCAACAAAGUUAUUGAUGAAGGCCUGAAAGAAAACAACACCAAACCCUUUUGGCAGUACGUCAAAUCCAAGAAUGAAGACAACAUAGGCAUCGCACCUCUACGCAGUCAAGGUCAUCUUGUCACUGACCCAAAAGGUAGGGCCGAGAUCCUCGUCGAACAAUUCCAAUCCGUCUUCACCAAGGAUGACGCAAACCAGAAGACUCCACCCUUGCCAAAACGAGUUGACAGCGAAACUCCACCACUCACAAUUGGGGCUGAAGGAGUACUAAAACUCCUAAGAAACAUCAAGGUCAACAAGGCGGCAGGACCAGAUGAGCUACCAAACCGCGUUCUCCAGUCUUGUGCUGCGGAAGCCACACCUGCCAUCACUGCCAUAUUCCAGCGCUCAGUUGACACCGGUGAGCUGCCAUAUGACUGGAGGAAUGCCAACGUAGCGCCUGUCUACAAAAAGGGGGAUCGUCACACUGCUGAGAACUACCGUCCUGUGUCUCUCACCUGCGUUGUCUCCAAACUACUGGAACACAUCAUUUGCCACCACAUCCUCAACCAUCUAGACAACAACAACGUUCUUACAUCUCUGAACCACGGUUUCAGGUCGGGUUACUCGUGCGAAUCCCAGCUCGUCAUCACUCUCAUGAUCUCCUUGGGCAUUUCGAUCGCAACAAGCAGGUGGAUACCAUCAUACUGGACUUCAGCAAGGCGUUCGACACAGUGCCUCAUCAACGACUGCUCCUCAAGCUAG